CCAUCUCUAGUCAUGUUAGCACAUUUUAAAAUAAUUUUAAUCGUAAGAAAACUAAGUCAGAAAUGCGUCAAUCCAGCAUGAAGAUAGAUCUAUCAAACUUUUUCAAGGACGAACGACGAAAUUCGUUGGUUUUCAUCGAUGCAGCAUGGAACAACAUCAAGGACCUCCAGGACCACAUACAAAACCUCUUUAGCUUGAAGGACAUAAGUUUGCUCACCGCAGAUGGAUGCUUUCUGCCCCCGAGGGAGUCUAUCAAAGUGCUGAACUCUGCCGAAGGACUCAAAGCCUUUCGGUUUGCCAGCCAUCAUAGUGAUACCUUUGUGAGCCCUGCUCCUGUAAAAUCCAGUAAGAAGCGCAAGAAUCGAUCCGUCGAGGAACAGGUACACCUAACCGCCUCCACUCCCCUCCGACCUUCAAAGCGCUCCAAGAACCAGAACAACUCAGAAUGGAUCAAUAUUAAGGAAGAUCCGUCUUGUGUGAGAAAGAAGGAGUUACUAGAUAAGGCUCGUGGACCUUCUGUGCAGUCAAAGCUCUUGAUAAACAAGGGCACUCCAAAGGCCCCUGAAGUUUCUAGCAUGUCAGCGAACAUCGAGACAGAGAACAAGGAAUCUGCUCCUCAGAUUAAAAAAAAAUCGAAAAACAAGAAACCGCCCAAAUCGCCCGAGGCAUCUGAGCAGGUACAGAAUGAACCUGCUCCUAAGAGUGUUUCUCGAUGCACGCUGAAGGAGAGUAAAAUGUCAGAAAGCAAGAAUCAAGAUAUUCUAUCAGAAAAAUCUGGUGUGGUAGCGCUGCAGGAAGACGAAACUCCAGAGGAGCAGCAGGACAAAACACACUUGGCUGUGGACCAAACUGAGAAGGGUCCUGGCAUUGCUGGUAGCCUCCCAUCGAUCUCGUUCCGCUCCCCUCUCUUGGAGAUGAACUUUAAUGUUCCGCGCAUAAUUCCAUUUCCCACUAAAAAAAAACAAAUUGAAAUUCUGGAAUAUAUACAACUUAAGCCCAUCAGCCCUCGUUUGUUUCUGCAGAAAGGGGCUAAGAGUGAUACGGCUAAACAAUUCCCAAGCAAUGGGAAGGAUUCAACUUUAAAGCUCGAAUCUAUCGACACUUUGCACGACGAAGAAUCUCCAGAUGUAAAGGAUAAAAAAACUGUUUCAGAAGAUAUAAAGACAGCAGUUGCUACUUUUUCCGAAGACAUCAUUGAAACAUCAACCACUCUUCCGGAGGCCAUAGCAGCAGUUGAAUCCGCUUAUCUGGACAAUUCGACUGAAGCUGAGACCACUCUUCCCCCCGAAGCUGAAGCAACUAAUCCACUUGAGCUUACUGAUUCAUUUCUGCAGAACAACACAUCUAUGGAAAAAACACCCAAAGUCGAAAUAAUUUUGCCAGAUGACGAAAAUGCAUCUCCGAUUAAAAAUAACGUUGAUUCGAAGGAUGUAAAAACGGCAAAAGUACCCAUUUUUGAGGAAGAACUAGUAUCCGAUUCCGACGACGAUGUAAUGUUGGUAGAUGACUCCAAUAUCGACGUUACAUGCGACGACUCUGAUAUUGAGCCGAUUCCAGUAGUACAAGAUAGGCAAUCUUUGGGCAUUAUAAGGAACCUACUGCGAACUGCAACUCCGCUCACUAGCCUGCCGUCCAGGGGCGAUACGGUUAUAUUUAAACUGCUGAAGAUUAAGGGAAACGCCAAAUCUGGCUCAACCGAAUUUAUCGCCGGGAGAUGCACUUACGUCAACCGGCGGACCAAAAUUGUAACAGUGGAAACAAUAACUUAUCCCCCCGAAAUCGGUCGCAUAUUGAGUCAAUAUUAUAUGAGUGGGUUGGACGAGUCUUCUGAGGAUGUGCGUACUUUAAGUAUUCAUCUUAAAGAUAUGAUUGAAGCCAAAAGCAUUAUACCCACAAUCGACUGAUUAUCAUUAUUGUGUGUACAUUCUUGAGUUCUAUUUCCAAGGUUUCGUACAUUUAUAGCUUUCAAAAUACAAACGAUUAAACAUCUAUAUGUACGAAUUCAUA